AUGUGCACCUACGACUACACUCCUUACACUGGCUGCCCUGCUGGGCAGCAGCACUACUUCAUCCAGUGGAUGAAAUGCCAUAAGGCAGUCGAGCGUCGCCGCUACUGCCCCAUCGAGAAGUCGACCGAGGCCGAGGUGCUGCGGAAGCUGUCUCCGAACGUCCUCUCGUGCCCUCUUCACGGUCCCAUCGCCGUCCAACAGCACCUUCUCGAUGCAGUUCGUCAAGAGGAAGACAACAGGGACCGGGACGCCGAGCGUGGCCGGUCUCGCUUGCGUGCCCGAAGUGCCCUUGGCGGCAAGCACAGCCUUCGGGCUAAGAGGAGGAAGAAUGCGAGGGACAGUGACAGUGAGGAUGAAUCCUCAAGCAAGGAGAAGUGGGAGCCCAAGAAGCCGGAUUACGAGACUCGCUUGGAUGAGGUCCCUCAGGAGGAGGAGCAGCAAGAGAAGAAGCAGGCAGAAACGCCAGCCGAUAUUCAAACCACUCCCCUGAAAAGACAGGAUUCUCAUCGCCGUGCCAACAGCGUCGACCUCCGUCCUUUGAGGACUGGCUCGAUACGUCAGACCCGCAGCGAGGUUUCCCUGCCACUGACUGACAAGAAUGCCGAUGGCCAUCCUUCUGCCGAUGAGACUGAGUCCUCAGCUGCAAGCACGACCAAGCGGCGUUCUAGACCUCGCAAUCCUCCUAACGGCGUGAUCAUCGGUCUGCCGUCCAGCCCUGACAUGCAUCGUCGGGCUAGUGUGCGCCGUACCUCGAGCGAGGCUAUUCUCAGGAAGCUAGAGGGGAGUGAGCAGGAGACCCAGCCCCCGGUUCCUCCUCUCCCGAGCUCUGUCUCGACUAUGCCUGAGAUAUCCGAGCAAGCCCAGUCUGCUCCCGAGCAACUUCCUCAGGCCAAAGCCCUCCGUCGCGGUCACCGUGGUCCUCGCUCCCUCCGUGAACGCAGUGUCGAGCCACCGAUGCGCCGUAUCGACGAGAACAUUGCCUCUGACCAGGAAGAAACUGAGCUCCCUCCUGCUCGCAGUAUGACGGCCACACCGGAGCCCUCUGCCCAGCCCACGACCACUACAACCCGGGCCCAGGACCCCCGCAGACAACUCUCAACCCUCCAAAUCCCCACCCAUCGGCCUACCUUCCUCCGAGAGGCUUCCCCGGCCUCAGCCCUCUCCACCAGCCCCUCAGCAGGCCGCUCUGUCAGCUCCAUGGGCAGCAUCAGCUCCAUGGCCACGACACUCAACAGCGCGGUGAGCCCCGCGUCGACGGUCAACACGGCAUUCACGUCUUUCAGUAACAGCGUAAGCCCUGUCCAAGAAGGAACUGAGACGUUUAGGAGGGACAUGAUGGGCGGCAUUCCUGGGGCCAUGAGCAGCCGGAGCACCCUGCCCGGUCUGCCGGAAGCUUGUGGAAGCGAGACAAAUUUGGCUGUAGUGCUCGGGAGAAAGUCGGGUGAUAGUGGGUAUCGGAGCAGCACUGGGUCGGUGUUGCAGCGGCCUGGCAGCGGAGGAAAGGAGGGUCAGGAGCAAGCUCAGGCUCAGGGGCUGGGUAUCUCGACCCCAACCCAGAUCCAGCAGCGGGAGCAGCAAGAGCAGCAGCAGCAGGUUGGCGGAAGCGUCCCAACUCAAGCAGGUUCACCGACGGGUGGGAAGACCACGGCGCGGGCGCCGCCCCCGCACCGCUGA